ACGACACCUUCCGAGCCGCCUGCUGCUGCCGUUACUCAGCUGGCGCAGGCGGGGGGUGCCGUCGGCAAUGCAGCAGCAUCCGUACUUGAACGAGACCUGGGGGCAGCAGCAGGGGCGAAGGACACUACAGGGAAGGAUGCACUGGCCCUGCAGGCGUCUCCAUCCGUCCAAGCUGCCAUCGCACCCGCCACUGAAAACAACAACGAUGAGGACGCCCUAGCAGCUCAGCUGAGCUUCGUGGGCCCUGUGGGUCUUGUCGCGCCGCUGCCGUAUCUCGCUCCCUCGCAGCUGUCGGAGGGGGUAGCGGAGGCGGCCGCCUUUGCUCGGGACUGGCGGGAGCUCAGGGCCGUGUCAAAGAACCGUUUGUACGGCGCCGUACUCGAGCGUUACUUCCAGGAGGCGUUGGAUGCGGUGACGAGCGAGGCGAUUGCGGCAGGGGCAUACGGCAGCAGCACGGCACGGUACGUGCAGGACGCGCCGAUGAAGGUCCCUGAAGGCGCCACGUUGCGUCCUGUUCAGGUGCGUUGUGAUUCCAAGUUUUCCAGUGGCAGCAACGGCGGCGGCGGCGCAGGUGCAGCUGCUGCUAACGGUAACGGCGGUAACGGCAACGGUCACAACAACGGUGCCGGCGGCGCCCCAUGCGGUUGGCGGACCUACCAGCAGGCCUUCAUGUCGGACGGCAGCCGGCUGUGCCUCAACUGCUCGAAACCGGUUCCGGACUGCAGCCUGCCUCCCGCCUCCCACCUGGACAACACGGACUACCUCUUCUGCGACCCCGCCUGCGAGACCCGCUACUACGUCAAGGCCUCUGGCAGCGCGCUGCGCCGCACGCUAGCCCGGCUGGAGCACGGCGUGUGCCAGAUGUGCGGGCUGGACUGCGCCAACCUGGUACGACAGCUGCAGACCAUCCGCACCACAUCCCGGGACUACCUGGCCAAGCGGCGGGCGGUGGUGGAGCGGCUGGCCCCGCGCCUCACGCACCACGGCUACACCGCCCUGCUGGAGAGGCUGCUGCGGCAGGCCUCCGAGGGUCUAGCCUGGCAGGCAGACCACAUCACCCCCGUCUACGCGGGCGGCGGCCUCUGCGACGUCGACAACAUGCGGACCCUGUGUGUGGCCUGCCAUGCCGACGUCACCAAGGCGCAGUGCAAGCAACGAGCGGCGGAACGAGCGCAGCGGAGGCUGGGGACGCGCGACAUCCGCUCCUUCUUGGGCGGCGGCUCAGGCGGCCUGCCGCCGCUGCCGAACAAGCGCAAAGGUGCUGGCGGCGGCGGCGGAAACGCGGGUUCGGCGGCAGUCGUACCGGUACAUAAGCGACGUCGCGGCGUCGCUAGCCGCGCGGCGGCAUAUAUUGAUACGUCGGAUGAUAGCCCCUCGAGGACGCCGCCGCUGCCGCCACCGCCGGCGGCGGUGGCGAAGGCGGGGCGGGCUCGUACGGACGUUGCUGCCGCAGCUGCCGCGGUUGCCGGCUUGGGAAAUGGCAAGAAGGGUGUUAAGCGGGCCAGAGGCGGCGGAGGUGCCGGCGGUCGCGGCGGGCGGGGCGUCAAGGCAGCGAAGAACGCAGACCUGGUGGGCAUUGAAGAUGCUGAUGACAACGUGUGGGAGUUUAAGCUUUUGGAGGAGGGCUCCUCCUCAGGUGACGGCGGCGGCGGAGGCCCCGUUGCGGACGGAGGCGACGGGCCUCGUGCUGCUGCGCAGCAGCCCCGGCGGAGGCCGGAGACUUCGGGCGCAGCGGAGGGAGCGUCUGACGGAGCCGGCAUGACAGUAGCAGCGGCAACAGCGCCAGCGGCAACAGCGGAGCGGUUAGUGGCGGGCGAUGUGUUGUACGACGACAACGACGCUGCCGUACGGUACGACAAGGAGGGCGCCGCUGCCGUGGCGGCACUGCUUCCUGAGGUAGUUGACUUGGCGAGUAGUGAUGGUGAUGAGGCUGAUGCGCAUGCAGAGGGUGCCGCGGUCAAGCAUGAAGGGACGAAUGCAGCGCUAGAGCGGAAGGAGGGG